GGGUGGGGCCAAGAUGGCGGCGCUGGGGCGGUGUCGGGCCGCGCUGAGGGCUCCGCUCUGCGCUCUGCUGUGCCUGGCGCUGGCGGCCGCCGCCCGGGGCAGGCCGAGCCCCGUGAAGGUGCUGUCGGACGGGAUGUGGAGGGAGCUGCUGCAGGACGAGUGGAUGGUGGAGUUCUACGCGCCCUGGUGUCCCGCCUGCGAGAACCUGCAGCCCGAGUGGGAGAAGUUCGCCGAGUGGGGAGAGGACUUGGGGGUGAACGUGGCCAAAGUGGAUGUCACGGAGCAGCCGGGGUUAAGUGGACGAUUUAUCAUCACAGCUCUCCCUACUAUCUAUCACUGCAAAGAUGGAGAGUUCAGGAGAUACCAGGGAGCAAGGACUAAAGCUGCCUUCAUUAAUUUCAUCAGUGACGAGGAAUGGAAAUCCAUUGAACCAGUGUCCUCCUGGCUUGGUCCUUCCUCUUUCCUGAUGAGCAGCAUGUCAGCAUUGUUCAAGUUGUCCAUGUGGAUCAGGCACGGCCAUGGCUAUUUAACAGAAAAUCUUGGAAUACCAGUCUGGGGCUCCUAUGCUGUUUUUGGUUUGGCAACUCUGUUCUUAGGAAUGGUCCUGGGACUUAUGAUGGUGUUCCUGGCAGACUGCAUGUGUCCCUCCAAAAGACACAGACCACCACAGCUCCACCCUCAGUCAAGAAAACAAGGUCCAGAGUCAGCUCAGCUGCUGAAAAAUAGGUAUGAAGAGCAACAAGAAGAUGAGGGAGACAUCUCAGAUGAUGAAACAGAGGGUAAGGAGGGGAGCAAGAGAGACUGGUCACCAGGUGGUGUCCGGCAGCGCCCAGUGCCCACUGCUGCUCCACUGGAGAAGUCUUAGCUGCACUUGCAUCAAGAUUAGUGUUUGAGUCAUCCACUCAAAGGGAGAUCAAAGUCAAAUCCUUCAGCUUGAAGAGAAAAAUGACUCCUGGCUUGGUAACGUUGCUGCAUGUCAUGAAUUGGGAGGAAAUAAUAAUAAAAAAAAAGGCAUCAGGUAUUCCAAAGGAAAACUUGCUGUUGCAAAUGGCUGGAACUUCUCCUGUCUGUGUGCAGGGAAGUGCCAAGGAAUGAUUGCUGUGGCUUCUGGAAUGACUUGUUCCCUAGGGAUUAUUUUGAAGAGAAUGUAACCCAGAGUACUCGUUGCAUUAAGGGAGCAUUAGCAAGGAAAAUGCACUGACCGGGUUGUUGGUGCAGCAUUCCAAAAGGGUUCCCUGUUUUUAUGCUGUUUUCUCAGUAUGAAUCUCUAGUUGUGCCCUGAAGAAAUGCUGAGGGGAAGAGUUCCUUUAGUUAUGGAACUAAAAUUCCUUUGGUUUAGGCUUUUAUCAUGACAAAAACUGCUUUUUGCUAUGACAAUGAGUGCUACAAACCCCCCCAACCUUUUUUCUUACAAAGAGCUGAUGGAACUUAGCACAAGCGCUCCGUAGUGGGAUUCUCUGGCUGACCAGAAACCUGCUGCUUGCAUCAAUUUCUUCCAGAAAAGGCUGUAGAAAACUCUGUGAGCUGCUUGGCAAAGUAGUUUUUCUCUAGGAACAAAUGACAAGUAGCACCUCGAAGUCUUGUCUGUCUCUGUGACUCCACGUGGGAAUAGUUUACACGCAGGGUUCUCUGUGCAAAUCCUCUCCAUUCCUCCUCCUUAGUGCCAGCUGCACUCUGCUUGGUUUUAAUCCAUCAUUUCUUAGUCAAAUCUUGCUGCAAAUCCAUGCAGGCUGUACCUGGCCUGAAAUUGAAAUAACUCCUUCCUAUUUCUUUUACGGAAGCUUUUUUUUCCCCCCCCCCGCCACGUUUUCACAAAACCAUUUUGGAACAUUAAACCUGAAUUUUUUUCUUUAAAAAAAAAAAAAAAAGGUGUGGUUUACUCUUGUCUGUAUGGUGUUUGUUUUCAUUCUGUAUAGAAAUAAAAAGAAUGCACAUGCCCAUUGGACCAGUGUUGUAAA